AUGCCCUCGCGCCGCGAGGUCUGGGAGGAGGGGGGGCCCCAGCUCUGCUUCGGGGAGCUGCUGAACAUGGGCCAGUACGUUGUGGGCCUCAGCGUCAGCAUGCUGCUCUCGGCCGUCUUCCCGGUGCCGAAGUUCUUCGGUUUCAACUUGCCAAUGGCAUUCGUCGGGGGGCAUUCCAACUGCUUCGCCGUUAAAGACGCUUACGUUGAGCUGGGAUGGGAUGCUGGGAAGGAUGCGUGUCUCCUGGCAGCAACCUCAGGUUUAGUCGGUGGCGUAGUCUUCGGAGUCCUGGCCGUGAACUUUGCGCGAUGGUCGGGCAGGCUUUCGCCUGUUGGGGUUGCCAUAGAUCACAACGACGACGACGAGGACAGCGACCAAGCAGCUCAGGCAUGGUCCGAAGUUGGAGUGGUUCCAGUGGGCAAGAGAGAGAGUGCUGGAUCCCUUGUCACAGACUCAGAAGGGCUUGAGUCGAUGGCCUUGCAGGCUGCCAUCGUAUUCGCUUGCAUCUUCCUUGCCUAUAUCAUCAAGCGCCUCCUCCUGUUAUCCGAAGAGGUGGUUCCGCUUUUGAACGAGACCAAACCGUUCUCAUACUUUCCAUUCUUCUCUCUGGCAAUUCUUGCUGGCAUGGUACUCAACAGCAUGUUCAAGUUCCUUGGCCUUGGCUUGCUCAUUGACCGCCCGUCCAUCGAACGCAUUUCGGGUUUAUCCUUGGAGUUACUCGUGCUCUGCGCCAUCGCAAACACAGAUGUAUCAGGCGUACUCGAGGGAUUGGUUCCACUUCUUGUACUGAUCGCCGCAGGCUUCACUUUUACCGCAGGCAUGCUCUUCUUUGUAGCACCACACUUUUUCACAGACUAUUCCUAUCAGCGGGGCUUCUUCGAGUUUGGAUGCUGUUGUGGCACAACUCCUAUUGGACUGCUCCUUUUAAACAUGGUCGACCCUGAUCCACCACUAAAGGUCAAGCGAGCCAUUAGUAUCAGACUCAUGAUCGACUGCCCAAUCAUCGGCAUAUAUCUGGCAGCUGCAAUAGUAAUGCUGACAUCUGGACCCCAUGGCACAAUUCUUCUGCUAGUCGUUUCAUGCUGUAAAUUGUUUUUCUGGCUGGCUCUUUGGUACAUCUGCUUCCGGCCACGGCAAGCCAGAACAGCACAGUCUGGUCGAGUCGAGAUGGCCGCAAUGUGUUCUUAG